AUGGAUAAGCCAGUUAUUGUGGUUUUUACUAAAGCAUACUUCAUGGACUUGAAUGCUUCCUUACAAUCUUCACUACAUUUGCAGUAUGUUUUGACUAAGCACCAACUUAGGGAAGCACAGCACUCAGCUGACACUGAAAAGUUUAUUGGUCAGCCCAGCUCUCUCAAGGCUGAGUGGAUAGUGGUGAAUGAUGCAACCACUUGUUGUCAACUCUCCUACACUUGGUUGGUUGUUGUGGAAGUAGAAAAGGACAGUGCUCAAAAACAAGGAGGUGACUAUCAGAGAAUGAUAAAAAAGGAAAAAACUGAAAAAGAACAAUUACAGAAAAGCAACAAUGAACUGAUUAACAGAACAAAACAGUUAGAAAUGGAAAAGGCUGAGCUGGAUCGUAGACUGCAGGAAUCACGAAAUCAGUUGAAAUUUUUAGAAGAUUCAAAAUCAAGAGUCCUUAAGGAGUGUAGUGAGCUGAGGAACACAUUACGAGAUGUGGAAAAGUCUCGUCUCCAAGCACGCCAAAAUGUUCAGUCACUCUCACGACAAGUAGGAAAACUAGAAAUGGAAUUAAAAGGUAGUAAGGAAAUCAGUCAAGAUUUGAAAGCUCAACAACAAGUGCUUGAAGGCCGGGAAGAUAGCAUGCAAAAAGAAGUUUCAUCUUUAAAACAGAAUUUGAUGAAAGCUGAGGCCAGUAAGGAUGCCUUGUCUAGAGAAGUUGUUAACUACCAGCGUAGGCUAAGUGAUUUGGAGUAUCAGAUGAAGCUUCAAAUGGAAGACCAUUCUGUAACUUUAAAAGAGAGUUGGGCUACUGAACAAGAAGCUGAGAAACAGAGAGCUGAACUACAAAAAACCCUUACAUUCUUAAGUGAAGAAGCCCAGAAUUUACAAGUGCAACUCAGUGUGGCAGAAGAGAAAGUAAAUGCAAUGGAGAAACAACUUAACAACACAGAAAAUUCCAAAAAGGAUAUGGUCAGAAAACUUGCCAGCAUAUAUGAAGCUUUGUAUUAUUAUCUUGGAAUAAAAAUGGAUGAAAGUGUUGGAGCAAAUCCUUUGUGUCUUCCAAGUGCAGGUUUAAUACACCAAAGCUCCCUGGUUAAAAAAUUUGCUAAUUUUACUGUAAGCAAAGCCUGGACAAAGUCUUUUUCCCCAAGGAACAAGUCAUGUUUGUGGACCACAGCCGAAAUGGAUGUUGAUCUUGUUCGUUCAGCUCUGAAAGAUCUAGUUAACAAAUUACACAGUACAGAGAAAGACAGAGAUAACUGGAAGUUUAAUGCCCAUCGAUACCAACACCAGCUAGAUGAGCUUAAAGAAGAACAUAGUAAUGUCACUUCAAGAUUGGAAUUACUACAUAAAAGUCUUGAAGAAAUACAAAAUGAAAAACAAGGAGUUCAUCAACAGUUGUCUACCACCCAGUCUACUCUUUUACAUCAAGAAGAAACAAUUCAGAGACUUGAAAAGGAGCAGAAAAACCUGUCAGAGAAGAUUGGGGUUUUAGAACAAGAAUUGUUAUCAACUCAGAAUGAUAAACAACUCUUUCAGGAGAAAUUGGCUCGGAUGAAACAAAUGGAAGUAGAGCACCAGAAGGAAAAGCGUUCUUUUCUGAAAGCCUUUGACAAGGCAGGUUCCCGUGCAACAUUCUAUGAAAAAACUCUCCAGUCACUUCAAGGAGAGAUACAGAAGUUGAAGCUAUCCUUGAAAGACAGAGAGACAGAAAAACAGGUAUUGCAUCAGAGGAUUAUUCAAAUAAAUGAACAACUUCACCGUAUUGAAGAACAAAAUGCUAUUCUUCAGAGUUCCAAUGAUCGAUUAAAGAUGACCCUGCAAAAGUCAGUUGAUGAGGAAAAUGAACUGAAAGGAAAAGUGGUUACACUAAAUCAUAGUUUGACUGAAACUGUGUCGUCAAGUCAAACGCUCCAACAGCAGCUUCAGCAGUUAAAGCAAGAACUUUUGAGUUCUGAACAGGAGAAAACCAGCUUGCAGCAAAGGAUGGAAGAUUUGAGAUAUUACAUGGAAGACACAAAACAACAAAACAAAUAUAUAGAAGAGCAGUUACAACAGUCAAAGAAAGAACUGAAUGACGCAAUUCUGAGAUGUGAAGAAAUGGAUGAACAGCUGCGUAAAAGCAAUCAGGUUCUAGAGCAAAGGCAGCAGUCAGAGCAGGAAACACAUCACAAGAUCCAGAGUCUACAGAGAGAGAAGGUUGAGAUUCUUCAAGAGCUUGAUAAAUUGAGAAAGACUGUAAUGAGAAUGGAACAACAGCGUGAAGAACUGGAACACUUUUGUCUUAAAAACCACAGCUUCCAUAAGCACUCUGAAGAGAAGAUUGAAAGAGAAAGACUAAGAACGGAAGAGUUUGCAUCACGAUCAGCACAGGAACAAAAAGCUCUGAAUCGAUCACUAAAUUAUUUAGAAAAAGAAAACCUUGACCUGCAGAAGAAAGUCCAGACCCUUCAGACCCAUUUAGCUCAACUUGAACAAAGACACUCUCAACGACUGAUAGAGCUUGGUGUUCAACAGAAACAAGAAGAAAGCUUGGAAAUGGAAAACUUUAAGAUUGCCAAAAAAAAAGCUGAAACCUUAUUGGAAAGCCGAGAAAGGAGUCAUAAACAGAAAGUGUUAAGCCUUGAGCAUGAGAUCACAACAUUGAGAGAACAACUACUUCAUCAACAACAGCGGUGGGAACAGUUCCGACUUCACAGUUCACAAGCAGGGAGUGAAAUUCGUAGUUUACGUUCUGUUCUAGACAGCUCACUCAGGAAUGUGUCUGGUGAUCCACGUCAGUUAGAUCUAGAAGCCAGAAAACUAGACAACACUAUAGAACGCCAUUUGCUAGCAAGCCCAUCAAUCACUUUAACCACUCCUUCAAAAUUCUCACGAGCAUCGUCACCACCUCAACGUUUGAGAACUUCGACACCAACUCGUAGUAAAGCUCGGAAACGAUUAGAAGUUUCAUAAUUUCAACUUUUUUAAUGUACUUGAAUGAAGAUGUCAUUUGAUUAGAUUUUUAUUGAUCUUAUCAUUUUUAAGCAGAGUUAUGUUUAAUGUAAUAAUUUCUAGUUUUUAUAUAUUAUAAUUUACAGAACAUUAUACUUUGAAUUUUGAUAGGAUCACUUAAUCUCCAAUAUUUCAUCAUAAAAAAUGUCAUCAAUGUUCCUUAAAGUAGUCAUAAUGUUUAGAAAUGUUCUGUUUAAAAAAUAAAAAGUUUUUGUCGUAUCUCAAUAUUUACAAUUCCAAAGAUUGUUAAUGUAUUUUAGUGUUUUAUGUAAAACACAAUUUAAAUAUCAUUAUGUAUGUUGUUUUUGUAUCUUUUUUUUUCCCACUGCUAGUUACAAAUUUAUUCAUGCACAUGACAGCAGUUCAUCAUUGUUGUGUUUUAAUUUUUUCUCUAGUUAAGUGGAUUAUAUUAUCUUUAUGUGUAAAUAUGUAUUCAGUUUUAAUUUUAACUGUAUGGAAACAUUGGCAUUUUAUUCUCCGUUGUUGUUUUUUGACAGAAUAGAGUGUGGUUUUAAUGUUUAGAUGUUCUAUGGAAUUAUCAUAGAACAUGCUAAUUUCUGAGGUCAGGAAGUAUUGGAAGUGAAAUGUUUUAACAUCUAGGUGUUCUAUGUAGUUAUCAUAGAACAUGCUAGUUGAUGAGUUUAGCCAGUAUUGAAGGUGAAAUGUUUUA